UGAGAAAGAAACUUACAAACGCCAGCACUUGUACUCAGAAUCAGAGAAUCACAACAACCCUUAUAAAUUAUCAAAGUCUGUGAACAAAGGCAAGAACAAAAUGCAAAUCAACAAGUCUCAAUUUACUCAUCUCCUCUUUCUCUUCAUCUUCUUCUUCAUCUUCUUCUUGCAAUUAACCUAUACUACGUCUUCACCUUCUAGCUUCAGUGGAAGAGAGGACGCAGCUCCGGUGAUGUCGCCUCCUAGUUCCACCGGCGGUAGUGGCUCCGGUCAUGGUAACAACUGGGACUAUAACUGGGGUUGGGGAUCAAGUCCUGGUGGUGGAUGGGGUUAUGGUUCCGGAUCUGGCCGCUCUCCAACUGGGUUUGGGAGAGGGUCUGGUUAUGGGUCUGGCUCUGGCACGGGUUCUGGCUCGGGGUACGGUUAUGGGUCAGGCAGUGGUGGGGCUCAUGGUGGUGGUUAUGGCUAUGGAAGUGGUUCUGGUGCUCCUGGUGGUGGUUAUGGUGGUGGAGGUGGUGGUUCAGGCCAUACCGGUGCCGGCAAUCAAAGGAACCGCUCACCUCCCAUUUCUUGAUCAGCUAUAGUCAGCUAUAGACAACCAUGGCAACUGAGCUAGUUUGGAGAUUAUAUUUGUGAGUUAUGUAGUUAUAUGAUGCUCUUACUAUACCAUAUAUACUAAUAUAACUACUUAUUAUGCCACCAGGGAGUGAAAUAUUAACUAUAUUUAGGACAGAUUAUGUUUUCUAUUUCCACUAUAAUGAAUCUAUGUUUAAGUUCUAGUUA